AUGCCUUUUCAGACUCCUAGUGAUCACCUACCCUACGCUCACCAAACGCCGCAGACGAUGGGUGUCUACUCGCCAUCCAACGAUGCUUCAUCUGCUGAGCCUGCUCAUUCCAUGAUGCGGCAAAGCAGCAUGCCUCACAGUUAUUCCAUGGCCUUUGAUAAUCGGGAGCGUCUACUAGACACAGAAGACUCUAUUGACGGGGUGGUCCCUACGGCUACUGGAGAUGCCAAGAGGCUGAACGAGUGGUUUCUCGUGGAGGAAUUUGUUGGAGCAGGAGUCAAGCCUACUACACAUUACCGAAAAGACGCAGCUCGGAAACCUAAUCACGGCGAAGUGGUCGAUCGACCAUGCGAAUACGCGCAACGGCAACGACGGCGGCGAAUGCAUCACCCCGAAAAUCGAAAGCUCUCCGGACGAGCAAUGUCUGGCCGCAAAGGUGGAUAUGCGUCUAGUCAGGGUCACCGAAGACGAAGAGCGGAGGAGCAAACUCAGCAGCACCACGCCCACGUUGUAGAAUCGAGCCCGGCCUAUGCGCUGGCCCCUCCACCAUGGGCAGAAAUGGGGGCAGCGCCGGAAAUGUUGGGGGCCCUAGAACUUGCAAUGAAGCCGGACUUGAGGGAGCCGCUCACCCCAGAUUCGGGGCAGCUUAGCUACGCGAUGCUUCCGAGCUCUCACCCGGCCAUGGUGGUUGAGUGCGCUCCGGUUCUGACCCCAUACUACACACCACCUUUUAUACACGGUUCCGGAUUUGACAUCACGGAUGUGUCCGGGGUUUACACUGGCGGAAAUGUGUUUGCAAACUUUGGUGUUCGCGCCUUCCAGGCUAUCACGGAUGACGAAGGAUGCGACAGGAGACAAUUUUCGGCCGCGGGCAUCUAA